AUGGCUCGCGUCUUGAUCUGCGGCGACCUCGCCUGGGCGCACAAGGAAUGCGAAGACCUGUUUCGUGGUCUCGCUGAUGUCGUCCGCAUGGACUCGCCAAACCGCGAAGAGUUCUUUGCUGGGCUCCAACCAGGGGAAAAGUACGACGGAAUCGUUGGAAUCUAUCGGCAUAACAUCUCCGCAGAUCAUAUCGGCAUCUUCGACGAGCAGCUGGUUGCAAAGCUGCCUCAGAGCGUCAAAUGGAUCGCUCACAAUGGUGCAGGAUACGACCAGAUCGAUGUGCAUGCCUGUAAGGAGCGCGGUAUCAUUGUCUCCAAUACUCCGGGGGCAGUCGAUGAUGCGACAGCGACGACUGCGCUCUACCUCAUGAUAUCCGCCCUUCGACUCUUUGCGCAUGCUGAACAGGACCUGCGUGCUGGCAAAUGGAAGUCCUCGCAUCGUUCCGGCGCAGCACACGACGUUACAGGACGCACGCUUGCCAUUCUCGGCAUGGGAGGCAUCGGGUUCAGGCUAGCCGAGCUCGCUCAUGCGUUCCCCAUGCGCAUCAUCUACCAUAACCGCAGGAAGGUCGCGGAUGCACCUGAGUGGUGCGAGUACUACGGUCCGGAUAGGCUGGAUGAGUUCCUUGCGGAGGCGGACGUUCUGAGCGUUCAUAUUCCACUGCGCGCGGAUACAGAAGGGUACGUUGGCGAGACAGUAAUCAGGAAGCUGAAGAAGGGCACGGUCCUCGUGAACACGGCGCGCGGCAAGGUCAUUGACGAGGCAGCGCUCAUCCGUGCACUCGAGGACGGUCACCUUGGCGCAGUCGGACUGGACGUCUACCCGAAUGAGCCUGAGGUCAACCUGCGCUUGCUCGAGUUCCCGAAUGCGACGUUGCUGCCGCAUAUGGGUACCGAGACCUGCGACUCGCAGAAAAAGAUGGAGAUCCGCGCCCUGACCAACCUGCGUGACUACUUGACAGUCGGCAAGGGGUCGGACAUCAUCCCGGAACACGUUCAGUAA